GAUAAUCUGUCUGGUCUGGUCUGGGACCCCUGUGUCUGUGUUAUUAGUUCCAAGAUUUUAGUUAUAUUUUACAACAAUUAAGAAGAAUGAAUAUUUUACAUUAUCUGUAGGAAAAAUUCUUUUAGCGUUUUUGUUAAUUGGAAGUUUUCUUUUACUGUGAUAUUUACUAAAAAGGCAUGGGCCCAGUAUGAAGACACUUUUGUAGCACUGAGCUAAUUGUCUGAAGUUUCAGACAAGUCACGUUUAUUGUUACUAUUAUUUUAUAACACAAACUAAUCAAUCAUGGCGACUAUACAGCAAGUAACAAGUACAGUAUGCCCAGUUUGCACGUUGUUUUUGAGGCCUGGAAUAUCUCUUAAACAGCAUUUAGCUACUCAUCCUAAGCAGAAGAUUAUUGAAGCUCUAGCAAAAUUAUCACCAGAUGAACCUUCCAAGUCUAAUGAUACUACCCAAUCCCAGAAUGAUUAUCCAGAAGUUGUUCAUCAAAAUCAUAACCAAGUACCGCAGAUCGCACCUUAUAUGAAUCAAUUGGUUGGAGCUCCUUCUAACAUGAAUGGUUUACCUUCAAACUUAUCGGGGAACCAUUUCUUUAUGUAUCAACAAAGUAUGAGCACAUCAUCGCCGCAUCAGCCCAGUGUAUCUGCAAUGCCUUUUAAUCCUUUUGGGCAACAAUAUCUGGUUCCUGCGAUUUACAAUCCUCAGAUGAUGCCAUACUUCUAUCAACAGCAGCAGGUGAUUAUGUCCAGCAAUGGAAUGCCACCGCCGCAUGUGAAAGCUUUGCCAUUUGAUUCAGUUGGACAACAAGAGACAUCGAGUGGCUCUGCUAUAAACAGAAUAUCGGAUAUUUCUAUAAAUGACGACGAUAAAGAAAAAGGCGGAGAUAAAGACAAUGUUAGAGAUGACGAUAAAGAUGAAGUCCAACCUCAAAAUCUAAGUAAUCCGAGUGACUCUGAACGUAUCAAAGAAACUGUACCUGAUGACCAAAUAGCAUCGUCGUCACAGAAGGCCCAGGUUGAAGAAUUGCUUAUUAAUUAUGAAGAUCCGUUAAGCGCAGAAGAAAGUGGCGAUGAUGAAUCGGAAUCCGUGUACAAGAGUGAAGUCGAACCAGACAGACCAGACAGCGCGUAUUCUUACCAUGAAAACUUAUCUGAACAGAACUACUCUGCACACUGUGAUGAAGAACAGAACACCCACGACACCCAUGAUUCACGAUAUUUAAGAAAUAAUUUAAUAGAUCAUGAAGAAUGCGUGGAUGCGGCUACCUCACAAGCGUCUAUUGGAGGAUGGACGUUUAAUCAGGACCUAAAUAAAGCGUGCCAAACGCAAAAUAGUGCCAAUCUUUCGCCAAGGCCGGUGUCAAAUCAUGAGGAAGGUGACGUUCGCGUAGAUUUUUUCUUUGUUGAUCAGAGAAGCAACGUUUCUAACAUAUAUACGCCUGAGGAGCAUACACCUUAUGAACAGUCGGAGCUUAUUUAUACCUCAGCCAAUAUUAUAAAUAACACCGAAGGGAUAGAAUACAAUCUGACCAGGGACGUCGAUAUUGAAGCGAUGCAAGUAAUAAUAGGAGACUUUUCGAAUUCCUCUGUAGUACAACCUCCGCCAGAAAGCCAAUACGAUAAUACGCGGGAGGAGAAUGCACCAAUUUUAAUGACAAUCGCUGGCAUGCCCAUAGUUCCUUCCAAACCUCAGCCACAUCAGAGCGUGCCGAAAGUAGAAAUAUUAGAUUAUAAAAUUUUAGGGAAUAGUAUGGAAGAAAAUUGCGUCGACAACGUUAAUAUUAGAUCUGAUGAGAAAAUGCCUGCGAGAGGCGAGUUAUCUGGUCAAGAAAGUAUGGGCAGUUCCAGUGAUAUGACAUGGAAUCAGAUACAGCAUUAUCAAGAACAAGACGGUGUCGGUUGCUAUGAACACAACUCGUGGGAUAGUAAUAGUGUUGGCAUGCAUUCCUCUUAUAUGGAAGAAAAUGAGAAAAAAGAUGUCAGUACAGUAAAUCUAGCAGCUCUUAAAGAAGAAUUAAAAGAAGGUGUUUCUUCCACUCAAACUCAAUCAGAUUCAAAUGCAACAGAUAAAACUAAUAUAUGUCCGAGACCGUUGGCUUUAGAUAUAAAUAAGAGAAGAGUGAAGAAAUUAAUAAUUAAACCAAAGAGAUCAAGAAAAGAAACACAGGUUACAAACUUUGAUAAUGUAUUUACUAGUCGACUUAAAGUGGAAAAUAAUGAGGAAGAUAUCGACGAUCCGGGAAUUCCUGAAAUCGAUAUUGCUUUGGGUUCAGAGGACAAUAAAAACGGCAUAAAAGAAGAAGAUCGCAAACUCCUUAUUAUAAAUAUGUGUAAAAUCUGUGAUCAAUUUUUCAAAACUAAGAAAGAAUUGCGAAUGCACAAUAAGGAGUUUCACAAUCAGCAGAAAAUUAAAACAACCAAGUGCCAAGUAUGCGAUGAGGUAUUUGAUAUAGAGCACAAAUUUAAGGAACAUUUGAAAAUACAUCCGUUGGAAUGUCGGAUGUGCGGAAAAUUAUUUUAUAGGCGGCAAGGACUCAAAUUACAUAUAAAUAGACAUCUCGGGAUAAAACCGUUUAAGUGCGACUUAUGUGAUAAAGCAUUCUUAGUUAAACAAAAGUUGGAAGAACAUCGGAAUUGUCACACAGGCAACUCACCCAUAAAAUGUUCAAUGUGUAAUGAAACAUUUAAGCGAUAUUCCAACCUAGUCCAGCAUAGAAAUAAACAUCAUUUUAUGAUAAAACGUAAAAUUAAAGAUUACAUAUGCAGUUGUGGAGAGGUGUUUCAUACUAAGAAAAAAUUAGCGUGGCAUAAAGAAAUACACGACCCAAAACCCAAAGCGUGUACUCAGUGUAGCGAGAAGUUUAUUCAUAUGGCAAGUCUAACGAGACACAUACGCAAGGCACACAAUGCAACAUAUCUGCCAGAAGAUAGAAAUCAAGAAUUGAAUACCGAAUGUCCUGUCUGCAAAGGAGUUUAUUUAAAAUCCUCACUAGAUGCGCACUUAAAAACGCACACGAGCCAAAAACCGUUCCACUGUUCAAUUUGUAAUAAGAAUUUCACAACCAAAUGGAACCUAAAACUCCAUAAAUGGACCCACUCAUCCAGAACUCAAAAACCAUUUAAGUGCGAACAGUGUAAAGGUGCCUUCAUUCGUGAGAACGACUACAUAUCCCACAUGAACUCGCACAAGAGUUUAAGGCCUUACACGUGCAAUUAUUGCGGUGCUCGGUUCAUCAGAAAGUACAACUGUUUGCGGCACGUAAAGGAACACGAAAAUGAAAAAACGUACAACUGCAAUUUGUGCGGGAAAUCGUUUCACCGUUCGUAUUAUCUUAAAGAUCACAUGAGGGUGCAUAGCGGGGUCAGACCUUAUUCUUGUCAUAUUUGCGGGAAGAGGUCAACUACCAAAUCAAAUCAUAAUAAACACGUUGAGAUACACCAUGCCAGGGAACCCGUGAGCACAGAAAAUUAAAAAUAAAAUAUUGAUUUUCUAAAUAAGUAUACACAGUUUUACAAAAAGGUGAAAAACCCAUAUGCAAAUUUUUAGUGAAACUAUUUUAAUUUAUUGAUUUUUAUGAGACUACAAUCUAGUAGUCUACUAGUAUAAGACAACAGAGGAAUUAGGUUUUCUUAUUUUGUGCAGGUAAGGAAUUAUUAACUUUCUGGGAUUAGAUUAUUUAAUAUUCAACGUUUCAAUGUGAUUUAACACUAUUUUCAAAGGUGAAACAGUAAGAAAGGCAACUUAUAGAACCUUGAUUAUAAAUAAUUGUUUACAAAAAUUUAAUUUAAGUGCAUACAUCAUAAUGAAACAUUUAAAUAUUGCUUGAAAUAAACAAAAAUAUGAAAUAAGGAUCUACAGAUUAAAGGAUAAAGCUCAAAAACAAUAAAACAUUAAAUAUGGUUUACAUAAAAUUUAAUAAAAACAAAUACAAAACUCCAUAAAAAAUUCGCUUGGAGUAAUGGCAGGUAGUAGAAGUAGUAUUGAUUUUUUCAAACUUUUUAACAGGCAUUUUUUCAUAGAUUUCCAAAUGUUUUCCUAUUUCGCCGCUAUAUCCACAUUUUGCAGUAAAUGGCGCAAAGGAAGUUCGUUUGCAUGUAACAAAUAAACGAACCAUUAUAAAGGUCGUCCAAGAAAACUUCAAUUUAUCUCAAUAUUUCAUUUUUCACACCAGUAGAGU